AUGGACCAAGAUUCUGCAUCAUUCGAGUCACAAAGACCGGUCAUUCAAGGCGUCAUGGUCGACAAGCAGAUAAAAAAAGGAAGUGUCCGCGCGGUCUAUCCCGAGGUUGAUGACGCAUGUGUCUACACCAAGGGCCAGGGCAAGGAAAUGAGCAGUCUCAUUGUCCAUGUCGAUAAUUUCAUCAUUGCGGCUCCUUCGGACGCCGAAUGGCCGGAGCUUAAUAAUGCAGCAGAGAUGCUUAAGGAGUGGAAUACGGCGCUAUCCAUUGCAGUUUAUUCCGAAAUGAACAACAGCCAGCGUGAAGAGCUUGCAUAUGAGGUCAUGACCCUUCCAGUGAGCUACGCGUUUUGA